AUGGACAUCCACCCACGCGCAUUUGAGUGCACCGACUCACUGUGUUGUGUCGUCGUCGUGUGUCGGGUGCGUGUGUGUGUGUGUGUGUGUGUGGUCGGUGAGUGUCGUGUAGGUGUGUUGAAGGGUCUCGCUGGUGAGCUGUGUCGAGGGAAGGACUUCGUGACGCGAUCGUACCCGAACAAGGACGACCGCGAGGACCACACCUUCUCGUGGUCACCGCCCUCGACGGACAGCUGUCCGCAGGACGCGGGUCCGAAGGAAGGCAUGAGCGUGCGGUAUUUCAGCCGCCUGCACCCAUUCCACAUCAUGUUCGAUCGGGACUGUAGCAUUAUACAAACUGGGCCAUCACUACAAAAGCUGAUAAAAGCGGAGACGGGCAGCCACAUGUCGAAAUACUUCACCGUGAAGGUGCCCGCGGACACCAGCUUCUCCAGUUUCCGAUCCAUUCUCUACCAGCGCCAGGCCUCGCUCUUCACCGUCUCCUUCAAACGCACCCCGGACCUCUCCGUGGACCUCCUCGGCCAGAUGAUCUACCUCACAUCCAGAUCGAUCAUGUGCUUCGUCUGCACGCCAGUGAUCGGGUCUGCCGACGAAUUCAAGGCGCUCGAGAUUCAAAAGUCGGACUUCUCGUUGCUCGAGGCUGCCCACCUCCCCUUCAGCUUCCCAGGUGAACACUCAACUUCCUCGGAGGGGGAAGUCGCCGCUGUGCCCGAAGAGACUGCGGAGGCGUCUGUGCCCGCAGACAGUGCUGACCGCGCGGGGGGCGACGCCAAGGAGAAGGAGGCCCAUAUGUCGCUCAGCGGCGACGCGGUCAAUGCGCGGGGCGAAAAGAAGGGCCUCUUCAAAUCGAUUUUCCAGGGAUCGCGGCAGGAGCGGGACAAGCUGCAGCGCGAGGACCGCGAGAAGCUGCUCAAGGAGGUCAGGGACGCAGGGCAGCAACUACAGCAGCAGCAGCAGCCGCAGCAGUCUGCGCAACAACAGCCAAUGCCGCAGCAGCAGCAGCCGGUCACGGCGGCCGAAGUGCAGGAGAAGCGACCGGUCAAGAGCAAGGAGCAGGCGCUGAGGGACGAAGAGCUGUCCGCGGACAGCAAGCGACGACUGACCAAGACCGGAUCGCUACCCGACGUCAAGAUCAGCUAUCAGGACACGUCGGGCGAGAGCGGGGCAACCCCCGAGGUGUCCGGUGGAGAAGAGGGCAAAAAGGAAAACGCGGUCCCUCCCCAGUCGCCACAGCGAAAAUCCAAACGCGGCUUUUAUUUCCUCUCGUCGUCGGUGGCGGGCACGUCAUCGCCGCUCUCCUCCGCCCGCGACGCCUCGCCCUCCCCGCCGCCGGCGCCCGUCGCCUGCGACGACACUGGCGUGUCGCUCCGCGGCGAGAAGCCGCGCCAGACCGACCCGAAGGAGAACAGCAAGAAGCGGGCCAACAGCGGCAGCAAGAUCCAGCAGCAGGUCAAGUCGGGCUUGCCCCGCGUUGCGGCGGCGCAACAGCCGCAGCCGCCGCAGCCGCCGGACAACCUGCCGGAGACGCUGAUCCCGAUCCCCACGCAGAGCCACUACCACAGCUACUUCCACCAGAACCGCAUCCUCCACUCCUUCAUCGAGCUCCUGCUCGAGGACUCGUGGGACAGCAAGUUUGUGCUCACGAAGGCCAUCCUGCAGACCGGGCUUCAAGUGCAAGAGGAAUCGGUGCGAACACAGCUGUUCGAGGCCGUGUCGGUCUUCUACUCGUCCAUGGGCAAGUUCCCCUUGCUCCUGGCGGCCCUCAUCGAAGACGAUCUCAGCGCCACCCCGAAAUCGGACGAGAUUGAGAGCCAAGUGGUUUUCCGCGAGGAGAGCGCCGGCGUGCGGCUCUUCGUCACGUUUCUCAACCUCGAGGCCUCCUACUACCUCCAGCACUGCACCGGACCACUCAUGGAGGCCGUGCACACGCUCAACAAGCCGCUCGAGGUGAACCCACUGCGAGUUUCCGAGGCCGAAUGUGCUGCCAACGCCGCGCAGCUCCUGGAGAUGUGCCAAAACUUUGUGGCGCACGUCUGCCGCUCCUCGGACUACUGCCCGCCGACGGUGCGGCGCGCCUUCCACGUGAUCAGCAUGGAGGUCGCGCGGCGCUUGCCCGCCAUGUACCUGCAAUCGAUCGCCAACCUCCUCUUCCUGCGCUUCCUAUCGCCCGCCAUCGUCACACCGAGACACGGGCAAUCGCGGACCCCGGCCGAGCAGCGCACGCUGACGCUGGUGGCGAAGGCAGUCUACAACCUCAUGAAUAACAUCACGUUCGGCGAGAAGGAGCCCUACAUGACCCCCAUGAACGCGUUCAUCUCCACCUACAACGUCAACGUCGUCCAGCAGUUCAUGCGAGAUCUAGUGGACGAAGAAAAGUUGGCCAGGGUGAUAGGACACAAGGCACGCACAAGCGGGCGUACCAUCAACGACAUGGCCACGGUUCAGCUCAAGUCCCUCACGUCGCUGAACAACAUCAAGAAGGCGCUCCUCACCUUCCUGCCCCAGCUUUGGACCGCCUCCUUCACCAACCCCGAACUGCAAAAGAGACUGCAGCGACUUUUGUCGGUGAGCUUGUGCGACAUCGUGACCGAGAUGGUGCCGUGCUGA